AUGGGUAGGUCACCUUGCUGUGACAAGGUGGGUUUGAAGAAAGGACCAUGGACACCAGAAGAAGACCAGAAACUCUUGGCUUACAUUGAAGAACAUGGCCAUGGCAGUUGGCGUGCCCUCCCAACAAAAGCUGGGCUUCAGAGAUGUGGAAAGAGCUGUAGGCUUAGAUGGACGAACUAUCUCAGACCUGAUAUCAAGAGGGGAAAGUUCAGUUUGCAAGAAGAACAAACCAUUAUCCAACUCCAUGCCCUAUUGGGGAACAGGUGGUCGGCCAUAGCAACUCACUUGCCAAAGAGAACAGACAACGAGAUAAAGAACUACUGGAACACGCAUCUUAAGAAAAGGCUAGCCAAAAUGGGCAUCGACCCCGUCACGCACAAGCCAAAGAACGAUGCCCUACUCUCCACCGUCGACGGUCAGUCCAAGAACGCCUCCAACCUCAGCCACAUGGCGCAUGGGAGAGCGCUCGCCUCGAAGCCGAAGCCCGGCUUGUCAGGGAAUCCAAGCUGCGUUCCCACAGUUCAUUAA